CAGAACAUUCGAGUGAUAGAAACAGGGGAAACACAAACACCAAAGAAGGGAGACAAUGAUCAUGGUCAUGGUAGUUGAAAAUGCGCUAUUAGAUUGAACAGUAAUGGAAUGUUUUUGUGAAGAAGGCCAAGGAAAAUUGACGAGGUUGGUAACAGUGGGAGCUGGAGAAGAAGAUUACUACAUUUUGAAGUCCAAAAUCGGAGAGGGUUCUUCCUCUGCAGUGUGGAGAGCAGAGCAACGACCAAGCGGUGAAGAGGUGGCGGUGAAGCAGGUCCUCCUCUCUAAACUCAAUCCUCGCCUCAAAGCUUGCUUGGACUGUGAGAUCAAUUUUUUGUCCUCUGUUAACCACCCCAACAUUAUUCGCCUUCUCAACUUCUUUCAGGCUGAUGGAUGUGUUUAUCUGGUCCUGGAGUUUUGUGCUGGUGGGAAUUUGGCUUCUUAUAUUCGAUGUCAUGGGAGAGUUCAACAACAAACUGCCAGAAAUUUCAUGCAGCAGCUUGGGUCUGGUCUAAAAGUGUUACACUCACACGGCAUCAUUCACAGAGACUUGAAACCUGAGAACAUUUUGCUAUCAAGCCAUCAGGCUGAUGCGGUGCUAAAGAUAGCUGAUUUUGGUCUAUCAAGGAAAAUCACACGCCCAGGUGAGUUUGUUGAGACUGUUUGUGGUUCUCCGUUAUACAUGGCUCCAGAAGUUCUUCAGUUUCAGAGAUAUGAUAACAAGGUAGAUAUGUGGAGUGUUGGAGCCAUUCUUUUUGAGCUUCUAAAUGGCUAUCCACCUUUUAAUGGCAGAAACAAUGUUCAGCUGUUGAAUAACAUUAGAUCCUGUACCAGCCUUCCAUUUUCUCCGCUGAUUCUCUCAGGACUGGAUCCUGACUGUCUUGAUAUUUGUUCAAGACUACUAUGCUUAAAUCCAGCGGAGCGCCUUUCUUUUGAUGAAUUUUACUGGCAUAGCUUUCUGCGAAGAAAAUUGAUGAGAACUUGACAGCAUUCCUGGAUUUCAAGUGUUCAUGAUGUUGAUCUUUUCCUAGCAGUUCUUCAACCUGAUCAAGGAGCUUUGUUAUUGAAACAAAUUUAUUAUAAUGGCAUGUAAAGCAUACAUGGAAGGUGUUCAAGUUGGAUGUGUGGUCAAAGGUGGGGUUCAGGAUAUUGAGGAGGGUAAUGGAAGCUGCUCAUAGGAGUUUAAAAACUCUUUAGCUGGGAUAUAUGAAGAACUUUGUCAAAGCUUUUGCAAAUGUGGAGCUAAGGACUGUGAGAAAUUCCUAUUUACUGGGGAGGCUAAAAAGUAAAAGCUCAUUCUUCUCUUGGAAAAUGCAAUUGAGACUUGAUAACCAUACACGCAGGUUUCUGUUUUAUGUUAAACAGAUAAACUUUCAUAAUCAUCGAACAAAGCCUGCACAUAAUCUAUAUAUCUACUAGUGUUUUUACCCCGUGCGUUGCACGGCGAAUAUUAAUCUUAUUACUUAGGCACGUAAUAAUGAAUCGACGAUCUCGAAAAAAUG